UGCUUAAUAUUUUUUUCCCCAGCCUUAAAUAAAUAACCAAUUAAUUGUUUUUUAUUAUUUAAAUAGUAAUUGGCUUAAUUUUUGUCACAUUACAAUUUGUUAAUUAAAAUCAAUUGUAUUAUUCGUACCAUAAUAAAUUAGUAUAGUUUCUGUAUUUUUAUGGAGAACCAGUAGUUAUAUAUAUUUUUUUAAAUUUAAAUUCAUUCAUUACAACAUUAAUCAAAUUUAACGUCCUCUUCAGUUGUACAUACAUUGUAAAUCCUUCUGUAAUCAGCCUACUUAGUGGAGCUUGUAAAAAUGGAAAUCCAGAGUUUCGACACCUCUGAUGAGGUGGUAAACGCUCUGUGCAAGCUUGUCGAGUCGUACUCAAACGAUUCGGUCAGAGAGCGUGGAUUGUUUAAAAUCGGCCUGUCGGGAGGCUCUUUGGUCGACUACCUUUCCAAAGGUCUUCCUGGCAUAUCGACGGAGUGGGACAAGUGGGUCGUGUUUUUCUGCGACGAGCGUGUCGUACCGUUCCAAGACGCCGAUUCGACAUAUGGUGCUUAUAAAAAAAAACUGAUGGGAAAAGUACCUCUGGACGAAAAGAACUUUGUACCCAUCAAUCCAAAUCUAACAGCUGAAGACGCUGCUAAAGAAUACAUUGACAAACUGAAAAAGCAUUUUCCCGAUUGUAAAUGGCCAGAAUUUGAUCUUCUGCUCCUUGGCAUGGGCCCAGAUGGUCAUACGUGUUCCCUUUUCCCCGAUCAUCCACUUUUGAAGGAAGACAAUGUUUGGGUGGCACCUAUAAACGAUUCGCCAAAGCCCCCUCCGUCCCGGGUGACUUUUACUUUGCCAGUUUUAAACAAUUCGCGAGGAUGCAUUUUCGCAAUUACCGGAGAGCAAAAAGUUGAAGUUUUUAGGAAAAUAUGUAAAAAGGCUGCAAAUUUUCCAGCUGGUUUGGUCCUACCUACCAAUGGCAAAGUCCAUUGGUUAAUGGACAAAAAGCCAUAAUGGUGGUCAGAAAUGUUAAUUACAGGAUCUACUUUGAUUUUUCAUAUAUAUAUAAUGAAAAUAUGGGAAUUUGCAAAAUUAAUUUUUUGUAUGUUGUUAAAAGCAUAUCAGUGGUAAAGUGAUUUAUAUAUUUUUCUAUAAAGUAUUUUUUAUAAAAAAAUUGUUGAAAGUAAACAAAAUAAAACUUAUUUGGGAAGAAAAGGCAUAAUAUAA